AUGGAGCAUGCCUCCAUAGAUGGGCGGCGAAGGAACAAAACAUCAGUCCCGAUUCUUUAUCCGUCGCGCAAGUCAGAGACAGAUGCAGCACCCUCCCUUCGACCAGCCUCACCUCCCAAAAGUAACCCAUGGGCUCCAGCCAAAAAGCCUCGGGUCAAUACUACGGCGGGAAUGUUUCCGCCUCUGCCUAAGCCUCGAGCACCAUGGUCGCCGGUCAAAACACCUACUGCCAGUAUGUCGAGGGCCUCCUCGCUUUCUCCAGGCAAAAAGAGGUCCAUAGACGAUGCAGUAUCGGGUGCGUUCGGACCUGGAUCAACGUCCCCUUCCUCCAUCACGUCUUCCUCAUCUCGCCAUAUUUUUGAGGCUGCGGCACCACGAGCAACCUCAAAUCUAUGGAAUUGUCCUUUCGGUGCUGAUGUGGUGGUACGGUCGGGGAACUUAAGCUUUCGAGUCCAUCGCAACAUUGUGGUACCUCAGUCAGGCUGGUUCCGCGAUAACCUGCCACCACCCAAUGUGGAUGGCUCACCAGUUAUGGUGACUGUGGGCUUCGCUCCUGAAACUGUCGCUCAUUGUUUGCGUUUCAUCUAUACCGAUAAAGUUGAGAUUUGCGACAUCGAUACCCAAAAGCCCUGGAACGCUGCGCAUAUUCCUUGUUGUGUCUUGGCGUAUACCACUGCCGUCUACUUGCGUAUGGCGAAAAUGACAUGCCAUCUUCUUCGCGUGAUCGAGAAUACUUCCAGUGAACUUGGAGCUCUAAUACGUAGAGACCAUAUCUCUCAAAAGCUGGACUGUUCCCAAUGGGUCCAAUUCUCAUGGCACUAUCAGAGGGCCUUGGAUAUCAUCGUUCGGGGACAACCUCAGAAGCUGAUGGUGCCUAUGAGGCUAGCUAUGGCAAGCAUCCUCGAUGCUGUGCUCUUCUGGGUGGUACGGCAUCCUCUUUUUGCCAGCGACCUGAAAACGCCGUGGCAAAAGAUUCUGGAAAAUAGUAUGCAUGAUAUUGCCGAGUAUAAGCAGCUGUGCCGAAGCCCCAAUCUAUUCAACAGUCCGUUGCCAGAUGAGUUGGCAUUGCUGGAGCUAUUCGAACAAACGAAAGCAGAAAAGGAGUCACCAGAACCUUCAAAGUCAGUGGGAACACAAACAGAAGACGAUGGUUCUGACCAAGGAUUGAAGGGCCAGAGAAGCGAUUAUUCUUUCACUCAGCGCGAGAGACGAGGAUCGCUGUAA